AUGGCAGAAACCCGCUACGAUGCAGAAGAAGAGGUGAACGACCACCCAAUCGAGGAGGUCCGGAACACGGUGCCGAUAACCGACGACCCGUCGGAGCCGUCCCUGACGAUCCGAACAUGGGUGCUGGGGAUGUCGUCCUGCAUGCUUCUGGCCUUCGUCAACGAGUUCUUCAUGUACCGGUCCAACCAGCUGAGCAUCGGCACGGUGUUGGUGCAGAUCGCCACCCUGCCCAUCGGCCGGUUCAUGGCGUCGGCGCUGCCGGCGAAGCUCAUACGCGUCCCGCUCAUCGGCUGGUCCUUCAGCCUCAACCCGGGCCCUUUCAGCCUCAAGGAGCACUGCCUCAUCACCAUCUUCGCCGGCGCGGGCGCCAGCGGCGUCUAUGCAAUGAAUAUCAUCGCCAUCGUCAAGGUCUUCUACAAACGGCAGAUCAACCCCUACGCGGCCAUGCUGCUCGCGCAGACAACUCAGUUGCUUGGGUACGGAUGGGCUGGCUUGUUUAGGACGUACCUGGUGGAUUCAGCCUACAUGUGGUGGCCUCUAAACCUUGUCCAGGUCACCCUGUUCAGGGCGAUGCACGAGGAGGAGAAGAGGCCCAAGGGGCAGCUGACACGGCUGCAAUUCUUCAUCAUCGUGCUGGUCUGCAGCUUCGCCUACUACCUGAUCCCCAGCUACCUGUUCCCGGCGGCCAGCACCUUCUCGGCGCUCUGCUGGUUCUUCAAGGACUCUGUGACGGCGCAGCAGAUCGGCUCCGGCCUCAAGGGCCUCGGCCUCGGCUCCUUCGGCCUCGACUGGAACACCGUCGCCGGGUUCAUCGGCAACCCGCUCGCCUCCCCGGCGUUCGCCAUCUUCAACAUCAUGGUCGGCUUCUCCCUCAGCAACUAUUUAACGCUGCCGCUCCUCUACUGGACUAACACCUACAAUGCCAAGCGCUUCCCCAUCAUUUCGUCGCACGUCUUCGACGCUGCCGGCGGCCGCUAUGACACCAACCGCAUCCUCGACCCCAAGACCUUCACGCUCAACCUCCACGAGUACAACGCCUACAGCCGCAUUAACCUCAGCGUGCUCUUCGCCAUCAACUACGGAUUCGGCUUUGCUGGCCUCAUGUCCACGCUCUCACAUGUUGCGCUCUACCAUGGCAAGGAGAUUUUUGAUCUAUGGUGGAAGGCAGCGUCAGAGAAGGGCAAGGAGCACGAUGUGCACACCAGGAUCAUGAAGAGGAACUACAGGUCUGUUCCGCAGUGGUGGUUCCACCUAAUGUUGGUCCUCGUGCUGGCUCUGUCAUUGUUCACAUGUGAGGGUUUUGGAGGACAGUUGCAACUACCAUAUUGGGGACUCCUCCUCGCUUGUGCCAUCGCCUUAACCUUCACGCUACCCAUCGGCAUCAUCACUCCAACGACAAAUAUGCAACCUGGAUUAAAUAUCAUCACCGAGCUCAUCAUCGGGUACCUCUACCCUGGGAAUCCAUUGGCCAAUGUAGUAUUCAAGACGUGCGGCUACAUAAGCAUGGGGCAGGCACUAACAUUCGUGUCGGAUUUCAAGCUUGGGCAUUACAUGAAGAUACCCCAAGGUCCAUGUUCUUAG